AUGUCCGACACGGAAGCACACAGAGAGGAUGAGCAUCAUGGCGGGCACGACGAGGACGGGAACGAUGAGGAAGAGAUAAUAGCAAUGAAGCGGCGCGUUCAAGAGAUGGAAGCUGAAGCGGCGAAGCUACGCGAGAUGCAAGCGACGCUCGACCAGCAGACCAGCGACCUGCGCGAGAACAAGGAGGAUAUCGACGCACGGAGCAUAUUCGUCGGAAACGUCGACUACGGCGCGUCGCCGGAGGAAAUCCAGGCGCACUUCCAGAGCUGCGGCUCCAUCAACCGCGUUACUAUCUUGUUGGACAAGUUCACGGGGCACCCAAAGGGGUAUGCGUAUGUGGAGUUCACAGAGCCGAGUUUGGUUGGCCAGGCGCUGGUGCUCAAUGAGAGCGUCUUUCGCGGCAGGAACCUGAAGGUUGUGCCGAAGCGGACCAAUCUUCCUGGCCUGACGAGGGGUCGUGGCCGCGGUGGUCCUCCGCGCGGCGGUCGAGGAGGCUCGCACUAUGGCGGUCGUGGCGGCUACGGACCACCUCCGUACGCGCCACGCGGCGGUUACCGUGGCGGCUACCGCUCGCGUGGUCGCGGCUACGCACCUUAUUGA